AUGUACGUGCCCGCCGAGGACGCUGUCGAGGCGAUCCCCCCCGCGGGCUGCGUGGGCGGACAGACGAUAUUCGCCCGCGUGCUGUCGGGAAGGUCUGUCGCCCUCUGCGACGUGACCCUCCCGCCCGGCGCGAGACCGGGCGAGCCGUGCACCGCGGAGCCAGCGGCGGACCACGUCCGGCCCGCGGACGUGUUCGCGUGCGGGGUCUGCCUGUUCAUACUGGCCACGGGGAUGCCGCCCUGGAAGGAGGCUAAGCUCGACGAUCCCCACUUCUCUUGGAUCUGCGGGAAGGGCGUGGUGCAGCUGCUCCACGCGUGGGGCCACAGGCAGGCCCCGGAGGCGGAGGACCUCAUGGUGACGGCCAUGCGCUUGGACCCCUCGAGACGGCCCACGGCGGAUACCCUCCUGGAGCACCCGUGGCUGGAACCCGCGAGAGACGACCUUACGGCGAACGACAGAGGAGCCCCGGUGGCCGGCGCCACCGCGCCGGCGGCGGCCCGUGCCGCCGGGCCGGCGCCGGCGCCCGAGGCCCGCGCGGAGCGCUGCGCGGAGGAGGCCUUCGUGCCCAGCGGGGGGGGCGGCCUGGACGGGGACUUCUACUGCGCGCCCGCGGCGAGGCGGGGCGCGGCGGAGGCCGAGGCGUCCUGGCUCGGCGAGGGGGGCCUGCUGGGCGACCCGUACGGGUCCCCCGGCGCCCCCUUCGACUUCGACGGCGGCUGCGACCCGUACGGCUUCGCUGGCCUCGAGCCCAUGCGGUGCGCGGCGCAGCCCUCGCUGGCGGGCGGGGCGCCGCUGGGCGGGCUGUACUGCGACGCCGGCGAGGUUUGCAGGGGCUCGCCGAGGAGCGGCCCGGUGGAGCGCUUCCACCACGGGCAGCCCGCACCGCCGCUGCCUCCCGACGACCUCUUCCGGUUGGAGCGGACCAGCUUCGCGGUGGAGGGCUCAUGCGCGGCGGAUGUGGGCGACCGCCUCGUGGACUUCCUGGCGGCCGCGAGGGGCGUCACCGUCACCCGCGUGGACGCCGCGCAGUACUCCAUCCGCGCCGAGGCAGACGGCGAGGCCGGGCGCUGCUCGCUGAAGGCGAGGCUGUACGACGCCCGCUCGGGGCCUGGCCGCCAGGAGUGCGUGGUCGAGUUCCAGCGGCGCGGCG